AUGGCUCGCAUUUUGCUGACUGGCGCCUCCGGCUACAUUGGCGGGGAUGUUCUCCACCUCCUUAAGACCAGUCACCCAGAAUAUGAGUGCAGUAUCUUACUGCGUGAUAGUGGCAAGGCAGCUGCUAUCUCUAAGGUAUUCCCCGAUGUUCGUGUCGUACUGGGGGACCUUGAUGCCGCCGCUUUGAUUGAAGAAGAGGCUGCCAAGGCGGACGUGGUUAUCAGUAAGACUAUCUUUAUUGGUGAAACAGGGACAGGAGGCUGA